AGGGCAGUGAGGCAGAGCAUCUCGGAACCGAAUUGAAGAAAAGGGGGGAAAUUCAAAGAGACGAAAUCCAACAGUAACACAUUUGAAAAAUACAACUGUUGCGGCAGUUACAAAACUACCCAGUCUCAGCCUCCCCGCCAAAGCCAACCGCCGCACUUAAAUUCCCCGAUCAACUUUUAAUCCAUGUCAGAGAGCUCAAAUCUUUAUCAGAAAUCGCAAAGGUUGCACCAAUUCGUCCAAAAAUGAGGACCCAGAAUCAGAAUAUGAUCGUACGCACACUUACCGGACUCAUCACGGCGAUUUUAUGCGUUUUCCUCGUCUUUCUCGAUCUGAAUUACGUCUUCGCCGCUGAGAUCUUGGCGAAAUCGAAGCUCGAGAAGUGCGAGAAGGGUUCCGACUCCGAUAAUCUGAAUUGCACUAAGAAGAUCGUCUUGAACAUGGCGGUGCCCAGUGGAUCGAGUGGUGGGGAGGCGUCUAUUGUUGCUGAAAUAGCGGAGGUAGAAGAGAAUUCAACAAACAAGAUGCAGACUGUGCGAAUUCCACCUGAGAUAACAAUUAACAAAUCUGCUGCAUACGCCCUCUACGAGAUAACAUAUAUUCGAGAUGUUCCCUAUAAACCCCAUGAGUUUUACGUUAAGACGCGUAAAUGUGAGCCAGAUGCAAGUGCAGAAGUUGUGAAGAUAUGUGAGAGGUUGCGAGAUGAAAAUGGCCACAUUAUUGAGCACACUCAGCCUAUCUGUUGUCCUUGUGGCACCCAACGCCGGAUGCCUUCAUCAUGUGGAAGCUUUUUUGACAAGGUGAUGAAAGGAAAGAUCAACACUGCACAUUGUCUACGAUUUCCAAGUGAUUGGUUCCAUGUUUUUGGUAUUGGACAGCGAUCACUGGGUUUUGUUGUUCGAAUUGAGGUGAAGACGGAUUCCAAAGCAUCAGCAGUGAUAGUGGGUCCUGAAAAUAGAACUGUAAUAUCCAGUGAUAAUUUUCUGAGAGUUAAUCUUGUUGGAGAUUUUGGUGGAUACACAAAUAUUCCAACAUUUGAGGAUUUUUACCUUGUUAUUCCAAGGCAGGGUGCCCCAGGCCAACCACAAGACUUGGGGAGGAAUUUUUCCAUGUGGAUGCUUCUUGAAAGAGUCAGAUUUACCUUAGAUGGUCUUGAAUGUAAUAAAAUUGGUGUUGGCUAUGAGGCUUUCAAUGGGCAGCCGAACUUCUGCUCCUCACCAUUCUGGAGCUGCUUGCAUAAUCAGUUGUGGAAUUUCUGGGAGGCUGACCAGAAUCGAAUAAGUAGGAAGCAGUCGCCACUUUAUGGUGUGGAAGGACGGUUUGAAAGGAUCAAUCAGCAUCCAAAUGCAGGGACUCAUUCAUUCUCUAUAGGGAUCACUGAAGUACUUAAUUCUAAUCUCUUGAUAGAACUAAGUGCUGAUGAUAUAGAGUAUGUCUACCAAAGGAGUCCUGGAAAAAUCCUAAACAUAACUAUCCCAAACUUUGAAGCUCUUACUCAAGUUGGGGUUGCUACAAUUACAACUGAGAACAUUGGUGAAGUUGAAGCAUCAUACAGCUUAACAUUUAAUUGCUUGAGUGGUGUCACACUUAUGGAGGAGCAAUUUUUCAUAAUGAAACCAAAAGAAAUUACAACUCGAUCCUUCAAGCUAUACCCAACAACAGAUCAAGCAACAAAAUAUGUAUGUGCAGCUAUACUAAAGGACUCUGAUUUUAAUGAAGUUGACAGAGCUGAGUGCCAAUUCACUACUACAGCUACUAUUCUUGACAAUGGAACCCAGAUUGGUCCUUUUCAACCACCAAAGUCGACUAUAAAUGGUUUCUUUGAGUCUAUUGAAACUAUAUGGAACAACUUUUGGGAUGAUCUGAUAGACUUCAUCACUGGAAAGACAUGCAGAAGUAAAUGCUCAGGUUUUUUUGACUUCAGCUGCCAUAUGCAGUAUAUAUGCAUGAGCUGGAUAGUGAUGUUUGGCCUACUUUUGGCUCUAUUCCCAACAGUGAUUGUGUUACUCUGGCUUUUACAUCAAAAAGGACUCUUUGAUCCUCUUUACGACUGGUGGGAAGAUCAUUUUUCAGAUGAAGGAAGAAGAAUUCUAAUUGCCCAGAAGCAUAGAAUUGAUGUUGACCGCCCACAUAUUUAUGUCAAAAAACAUCACAAGCAGGAAGCAAGGCAUAAGCAUGAAGCUCGAAAUAAGCAAAGAAGAAUUCAUCAUGAGCACAGGCAUAACCGCUCAGAAGGGGAUAGUGAUUAUUAUUAUCGUCUUCACCAUGUUCACAAAGACAAGCAGAAACACAGGAGAAGCAAGAAUUCAAGUAUUCUGCAACAAGACUACUUGGAUUGGGAGGAGAGCAAUGUUGGGCAUCACAGACGCAGAAAAGAAAGGCAGAAUUUGAAAGGACAACCCAAACCGAUCCUUAAUAGUGAAGGUGAAGAGAGACAGCACAAAUUAAACAAGCAUAAACGUGAGCUGCAUCCUAAACAGAGACAAUAGUGGGAGUAGCAUUGAUAUUAUUGCCAUCACUGCGUAUCAUACCUCAUUCAUUUCAAAGAAAAUUUCUUUGUAGUUGUAUUUUUUGAACUUUCAAAGAAAAAGCAUUGGUUAGAUGGCGAUGAAGCAAUGCAGAACUUUUAACAACAGUUUAGCUGAUUUGCACAAAAGGGAUGACAAUGAAAACAUUUACACUGUUAACAUAUGUAAUUAAGUACACUGUGUUUUACUCU